CUGGCCGAGCCCGUGGAUUCCAAGAAGCCAGCUUCCGGAAGAGGCGCAGAUCUCGGACUGCCCUUCCUGCUCAGGAAUCUUGAUUCGACGACGGAGUUCGAGAAUGAGAGGGAUGCUGCCCGGCAGCCAGAAAGCAGCGUCGGUGGCCCUUCCACCAGAAUGUCGCCCGAGAGCAGCACAGGAGAACGCAUGGCUUUCGUUGACCCUGCGCUUCUCCUCUCUAACUACAUUGACCCGUUCUUGGACACUUACUUGACACUGGAUGACGCGUACGAUGGCUUUGAUCCUGGAGCCCCUGGAGCCCCUGGAUCACCUGCGCCAUUUAUGUCAGGCGAUACUCUCGAGGGCCGUCUAGACCUCCUCUGUCAGGAAUUGGAAAUAUAUUCCUUGAGGAAACCAAAAUUCAGUGGCUCAUUCCAACGCGAGUCCUUUCAGAGUCUCUUCACGAGUGAGAAUGUGCGAAGGUUUGUAGUCGCUUUCUCGCGCAAGAGGCAUUAUCAGCUCCCUAUUAUCCAUUGGCCAACAUUUGAUAUUCUUAAGGCUCCCCUGCCUUUGCUUCUCUCGGUUGCGAUCAUGGGCGCGGCGUAUUCGCACACCCCUGGCGUUGAACCUGAUCCAGCUGUCCAAGCAAGAGCCAUCCACACCAUUUCCGGCCCUUAUAUUUUCAGCAAAUUGCAAGAGCAAAUAGAUUCUGAUUCCGGUAUCGAUAAUUUGCUAGAGUACUGUCAAGCCGCAUUAUUGAUGAUCGGCCUCGGUACAUGGGUGAAAGAUCAGGAGACCAGACGCACUUUUCUAAGCAAGUAUAGACCUAAGCUCAUCAGGGUCAUAAGAGAUCAUCAACUACCCCAGAUCGGGCACGAGGAUGAUGAAUCAUGGCCAUCCUUCAUUCGAAAGGAGCUAAAGAUCCGCCUGGCAUCGUGGACGUUCUACAUCGACUGCCUGGCGACAAUGUCCACCAACCAUCCUCCCCUGCUGCUGCUCUCAGAAAUGCGUGGGCAGUCACCAUGCAGCGCCAGAAUUUGGGAUGCUGAAACAGAAGAAGAUUUCCACAAACGGAAAGCAGACACCGUGAUGAACUCCCAUUGUCUGGUUGACCAAAUGUCCGAAUUGAUGGGCGAUGACUGGGCCGAACCUCAACACUUGAUGUGCAGCCAACUCAGCCCGUAUCACUUACACGCGAUGAGCUGCGCUUUGAUGCCAGUCAUUUUUAAUCUUCACGCCUCGAGGUUUCCAGACAGCCAUUCCGCUGCUGUCUUCCGUGCGCUGGAUCGUUGGGAUCUUCUCUGGGCCAUUGAAAUCAAGCAAAUGCCAGAAGACCAGCGCAAGUGGCUGGGCGUGGCACGGAAUUCUCCCGGCCUCGUCUGGCUCUCGCGGCAGAUCCUGAAGGCUGGCCAGACGAGCGAGGCCAAGAAAUGGCGAUAUUUCCAGCGAAUCCCCAGUUAUACAACGGCGGACGUCUUUGAGUUCGUCCGCAGCCUUGAUAGCGAGCAGAGCUAUCCGGUCUAA